CAGUGGUUGCUCACAUUCAGUGGUUUCUCACAGCCAUUGGAUGGUGGAGGACGUAUCUCCUCGCAGGAGCAGUAGUGGGCGGAGCAGCGACUCCCAAGAGGAUGUAGUCAGCUCGGAAGGAUUGCUCUGUCUGCUGGAAGAUGCUCAUGUGAGACGCGCAGAGUACCCAGCUACCCUACCCCAGGAAGGCCUUGAGCUGCAACUAGAGGCUUGUGGGUCAGACGAACAUUAUUCAUACAUAGAGCAGUUAACCAUGGUGAGGGUCAGGCAACUAGAGCAAGCCUCCGAUGUCUUGGGCACUGACACAGAUACCGCCACCCCUUGCUCUGCUAGUAUCAGCCACAGCGCUCCCCUUCUCGAGGCAUUUGGUGACAUUGAAUCCAAUUCUUCUAUGCUCUUCCCAGGAGUCUACACUAAUGAUGAGUCCGAUGAGGACAGGAUGAUUCCGGCCUCACUGCUGUCCUUCCCUCUUCACACAAGCCUUAUCUUCCAGGCUGACUCCAUGGAAAUCACCCUCUUCCCAACAGAAGAGGAGACAGAAGUAGAAGAAGUGAAAAAAGACAAUGAAGAAAAGGAUGUGGAUGCUUAUGCUGCUGGCGAGGAUGAAGCCGAUGUUGAAGAUGUUGACGACGAUGACGAUGAUUCUGAAGAGGAAGAAGCUGCUGAGGCUAAGGUAGAGGAGAAGGUGGCAGAGGAGGAAGAUGACGUGGAUGUGGCUGAAGAGGAGUGUGAUGGUAAAGCAGUGGAGGAUCCAACAGAGGAAGACACAUCUGCUUCUUUCCUUCAUUCGUUAUCGGAGACAUCCAUCAACGAGGGCCUGGAUGAGUCAUUUUGUUAUCCAGAUGACACAGAUGACUCAUUAGAUUCUGCUUCAUACAACGGCGAGGAGGAUGAGCGCCUGUACAGUACAGAGAGGCAUGCCCAGUCACCCGAGCCUAGAUGUUUAGAUGCAGUAAACUGCAUUAACUUGCAACCAGAAGCUGGGCAACAGCCUGCCAGUGUUCAAGCUGAGCCCUUUGAGGGACAAAUUUGCCCCAAACUAUCUCAUCACAUGGAACCACCCCAUAGCUCUGAACCUGUCCCUGAUCAACCACCAUCUUCUCACAGCCCAAGUGGAAGUGAAAGUGACAUGGAGAUCUCUUCUGGGCUGUCAGACUCCCUUAGCCAGCCUAAAGAUGUCUGUGGUUCCACUCCUGUUGCCAACCCUCCUGUCGAUUCUGCUUUAUGUCAUGAAGCUGCUCCUGAUUCUGCUAAUGUUUGUUUUCAAACUAUUUCCUGCCCUUCGGUCACAGUUCAAAAGUAUACAACAGAGCAACCCUAUCGAAGUCUGGCUCUGGAUAUCAGACCAGAAGCAACUGUUACAGAGAUAAAAGAGCAAUCACUGCAUGAACACAUUACGGCAGAGAGGGACCAGCAGAGAAGUGGUAUGUCUGAGGAGGAGUCCACAGAUGAACUCGAGGGAGACUCGUUUAAAUUGCUCAUCAAGCCUCGACAUUCUCAAUUUAAAAGCAAACAAUCUGCCGGGAUAGCAAGACCUUUGUCAUCCAAAUCAGAGACUCAGAAAAGUCCCACAUCUGUUAGGGCAGUAAUAGCAAUAAGUGUACCCAUCGUGCAGACGGAGCAUGGGGAGCUUGAGCUUGACCAACAAAAUGGAAAUGCUUUAGCUGAGGGUGUGAGUCUGAUGGGCGAAAGUUCGGAGGGAACUAGCCUUUCUGUGAAAACAGGGUCGCCGACCGCCGCCACCAAUGACUUGAAUAAGGGUGUCCCUCUUCUUUCCUAUCCCAAGGACCCAAUUCCUAACCCCAGUAACAUCCCCAUAUCUGCCUGCUCAGAGGUUGUUUCAGAUCCACCGGACAACCUGGUCCUGAACCCCUGCCCCUGUGACUCGGCCCAGGAGAACCUGAGGGAGAACACGCUGAGUGCUGAGGAGGGUGGCACAGGAGCUCAUGGUUCUCCACACACACCGCUCGCUAUCUCGCCCAAGAGAGAGAACUCAGAGACCACCUCAGCAAGGGUGAUGGACUCUGCAGCAGUGGCAUGGGGUUCCGACUGCAUGGGGCUGAGGUUAGGUCUGGGACUAGGGCCCGGGGCAACACUCGGGGCCUUUGGAGUUGUGGGGUCACUCUCUCUUUCUCUGGGGAAGAGCUAUGAGCUAGAAGAGGCAGAGAGCCUGCUCAUGUGCAACAUAGAAGGACAGAGUACACAGAUGGCAAUGGCACCCGACCUACCCGACAUUAACUCUGGAGAAAAUGAGAAUGAUGGUGAAGGAGAUAAAGAAAACAACAGUGCUUUGUGGAAGAGAGAGGGGAUGGCAGAUGUGGAGCUCAUAGAUGAGGGAGCCCCUGAAUCAAAUUUGUCACACUGGAGAUCCAUCGAAGAGAUAUCAGAGGCAGGGGGUGGAGAGGAUGGCAGCUCCAGAUUCCUGGAUGAUAAUGUCAGUAAUCUAAACCCAGUCGAUGCAGGAAAAAACAAAGAUGCACAAGAUCAGGGCAACACGUCGGCUUUCAAUUCCUUAGAAAUGCCAGUUAGUGGGACUUUGAAUGCCUUGUCAGAGGAAUUAAGGCCUCUGAACACGAGUGUCAGUGUGACUGAGUCCACUUCAAAUAUUCCACUCAUUGAUAUGCCAACACCAAAUGAAACACACAUGAACAGAAGGCCAAUUGACAGCUUUUUAAACCUAUCUGAAACAGAGGAUGGUUGUGAUAGUCCCUGUAACAUUUCUGCACUGGGUUCUGACGUGUCUAUUGUGGGCCAACUGCCCAGUUCACCAGAACUGAUCAACUCUAGACGCCAAAAUAAUACAGUGUCCCCCUCAGCCUCUAAGGAGAUUGAUAUCGCCCUUUCUCUGAUUGGCGGAUCCUUUGGUUCCUUCACUUCCAAACCAAAGUUAAAUCAAUCAAAACCUGCUAGGAGUUGUCAAGAAAAUGCUUCAUCAGUUUUGGGAAAGGAUGAGGAGGAAAAUAUAGGGCCUCUGUUGAAUCCAGUUAUAAUGAAACUACAGUUGGAAGUCCAAAGAGAAGUAGAUGUCAGUUGUUUGACUUCCAGUGAUAUCAACCAAACAAAGACUCAAAAUGCCUUUGAAGAUGGGGAGACUUGUGUCUGUACAUCAGGAGAGAGAGAUAAGGUGGAAUCCAAAAAUGGAGAGAAAGAAAGGAAGAAUGAGCUUGAGGGGGAGAAAGAGGUGAUUGAGGAGAAAAGGGAGUGUGAAAAUACAAGCAUAGAUGUGGAGAAAAUGGAGCAAAACAAGACAAAGAAUGAAAUGGAGAAACAGAAAAGACAAAGCCAACAGAGGGCAGCAAAUAAAGAGAAGGACAAUGGGAAUGUUUCCCCAGAAGAUUUCGAGGCCUCUCCAUGUAACACCCAUCACGAGCCUUGUGCUGAUCCACCAGUCAACACCAAGAAUGGACAAAAAGGGAGGCAGGGCAAACACAAAGCAUCCCAGCCAGCCACACAUGCAGACACAUGCUCCCAGGCCGGUCCUGUUCCACCGGAGUGUGUUGUUUCAGCUGCUGGGGGCCAAACAAGGGGGCUUGCUCAUUCUAAAUCUAAGAAAGGACGUAAGCAAAACAAGAUGUCCAUGGCAUCGGACAAAAAGCAGACAGUACCUGCAAAAGUUGAAGCUGAAGGGAAUCAGAACAGAACAGACCCUUCCAGCUCUAGUCCUGAUGAGUGCAUUUUUAGCCUUGGAAACAGCAUAUCUCCCAUGCGUGCCCAAGACAAACUCCAUGAUUUAGCAUCAAGGAACCACUCAAUGCAGAAACAGGAAGUGCUUGAUAACAGGCCAUUACCGAGGGGAAGCCCCAAGGAUAUUAAUGAAAAUAACACUAGCAGCUCUACCACUCGGGCGCUCACAUCCUCUUCCAGCUUUCUCUCUUCUUCACCACCACCUCUCUCUUCCUCCCAUCGGCCAUGCAGCUCCUUGCAUCCAGAAGAUGAGCUCAACACCCAGGAGUCCCAUCACGGCCUCCCCUCAUUGACUCAGAAUGGAGAUCAAAUUCCUGUCAGUAACACCGGGGUUAACCUACCCUCUUGCCCUCCUCCAAUUAUUUACAACAAAAACAACAAGAACAACAACCUUCAAAAGCAAAGGCAUUCCACACCAACAACAUCUAGCAGUCCCAGUGUCUCUGCUGCCCCUUCUUCUGUUGCUCUUUUGCCUCUCAGUCUGUCCAAGCCCACCCAACAGUCUCCGUGUGGAUAUCAGGAUCAGAAGGAGUUCUUUCUGCCUUCUCAAACCGGCCCGCCACCCCAGUCUGAGGGGGCUGCUCUGCCCGGUCACCUGGCCAGGCGUGCUGUGCCUUGGAGUGGAAGAGACACAUACAGAGGUUCCCGUCUUGUUAUGGACACAGACAGUGAAGAGGACGUAGCUCUUCCUCAAGAUCACAGAAUCCAGGCCAAAGGGACUGCUGGAAGCCGGCAUAGUUCAAUGCAUAAAGAGUGUGAAUCAUCCAACCACAUGGAAAUUCAGCCCUUUUCUCAACAGUUGAUUACAGACAGACAGCCUUGCUGUCCAAUCAGCAGCCGACACAAGUUUUCAGAAGAAAUCCUCCAGUCCUUCAAAAAUAAUUUGGGCUCCUGUAACGACUCAGAGACUGAAGGCUCGGUGCCAGAGCUGGAGGGUCCAGAGACGACGUCAUGCAGACCCUCACAGCCCCAGUCCAUGUCCCCCAUCGACGAAGGGUUAAACAGACCCAAACAGAGUCGCAGUGAGAAGAAGGCCCGCAAGGCCAUGUCCAAGCUGGGUUUGAAGCCAGUUCAUGGUGUGACCAGGAUCACCAUCAGGAAGUCUAAGAGCAUCCUGUUUGUCAUCAGCAGACCAGACGUGUUCAAAAGCCCGGCCUCUGACAUCUACAUCGUAUUUGGAGAAGCCAAGAUUGAGGACCUGUCCCAGCAGGUCCAUAAAGCUGCUGCUGAGAAGUUCAAGGUGCCUGUGUCCUCCUCCCCGCUGGCCCCCCCCGCCCCGCCCAGCGUGGCCAUCAAGGAGGAGAGUGAGGAGGAAGAGGAGGAGGAGGUGGACGCUGGAGGCCUGGAGCAGCGGGACAUCGAGCUAGUCAUGGCUCAGGCCAACGUGUCGCGGGCCAAGGCCAUGCGCGCCCUGAAACACAACAACAACGACAUUGUCAACGCUAUCAUGGAAUUGACCAUGUGAGUGGGUAGGAUAGUGGGGGUCCUGAAGCCCCACUCUCCCCCUACUUAAGCCUAACGCCACUCCCCCUGUAUCGCUGCUAUGUUGCAUCCUUAGUACCUGCUCAAUAAAGUCUGUGAGAA